AUGAUGAAACCGCAACUGAAACCGAAUGCGAGAGUGCACACCCACCCGGUCCGUCGUCGUCAGGACAACCCUCUGCAGCAGAACCAAGAGAGGACAGAAGUGCUCUCCGAAAACAUUUUUGAAAGUGUGGCGGACCAAACCCGAGAGGUCCUCGAGAGGGAGAAUGUCACCGUGUCAGUGAGGGAGAAAUUGGCUUCUCUUCAAAAUUCUGAAGGCAUUGUCGAGGACAUCUUCUCGGGGAUCCAGACAACCUACCUCAGAAAGAAGUAUGUGAUGGAGAACCUGCCUUACACAGAUCCUUUGGUGAUGCCACUUCAAACAGACAAUCAAGCAUUGCAACACACUAUGUGCUACAUACCAGUUUCACAACUGCUCAGCAACCUGCUAUCAUGCCCCGGCAUCCUGGAAAGCGUAAUGCAGCCCAUAGAACAGCCUGAGGUGCUUCAGGACAUCAAUGAUGGAGACUUCAUCAGCCAACACCUGCAGCACAUUGACAGUGGGACACCCACAAUCUUCCUCCUCCUGUACUCGGAUGAGCUUGAGCUGAGCAAUCCAAUGGUGCAGCAGCUGGGUCGCAUAGGAUUCUGGUUGUCUACUUCUCGAUCAUCAACAUUCACCCAAGGCACCGAUCGAAAUUAUAAGGCCGUGCAUCUUCUGUUGCUUGUCAAGUACCAAGACGUUAAGAAGUAUGGCUUGGAUCGAGUUCUUGCUCCGCUCAUCCAAGACUUAAACCAUGUCCAUGAGUAUGGUGUGCAUGCACCAGGGAAGUAUUUUAAUUUGUUGACAGUCGCUUUCACCGGAGACAACCUCUCCAUGCACAGAAUGGCAGGCCUCCAAUGCUGCUUCAGCAGUGGUCGCAUAUGUCGUUUUUUCCUUGCUCGAUCUGUCGUUCCAGCACUUCAAAGCCUAACAGAGUUUGACAUCACAACACAAUUCCCUCCAGAUGCCAUGCAUCACAUUUUGGAAGGGGGAAUGGGGCUUGUCAUGCAGCAUGUCCUGCGAGGUCUGAUUCAAGAUGGCAUGCUUCAGAAAUCUGAUAACAAGGUAACAAGCUUCAACUGUGGCUUCCAUGACAAGAAGGCCGCCCCUCUUGCACUAAAGGAUCAGUUUCUGCAAGGAAAAGCCAACCUGAGAGGUACGGCAGCUCAAAAGUGGUGUUUAUUCAGGCUCCUUCCACAGAUCUCCGGAAAAUCUGUGCCCGUCAACAACCCACACUGGGAAGUUUACCUGGCCUACAGACAUUGCAUCGAUAUAAUCCUGGCAGAGAAUAUUCCACGAGACUGCAUUGCUUACCUGCAGGUGAAAAUCCAAGGAUUUCUGGAUUCCUUCACGUCCCUUUACCCAUCCGUAACAGUCACCGCAAAGUUGCACCAUCUGCUGCAUUACCCGAGCUCCAUACAGAAGUUUGGCCAGCCCCGUCGCUACUGGGGAAUGCGGUCCGAGGCAAAGCAUGCAUACUUCAAGGCCGUUGCCUCAAAUGUUCGGAACUUCCGUAACAUCUGCCGAACACAGGGCAUACGGCAUCAGCUGUUGCAAGCUUACGAGCUGUCUGGAAAGCUUUUUGAAAGCUACAUUAAAACAAGAGGGUCUGCUUGGGUCAAGUUUUGCAAGUUUGAGGACAUUCUGCUGUGA